UCAUAUUUUGUCCGUUAUCAUUUUUACAAUGCCUUUGUCUGAGUCUCAGAAGAAGUAUUUGCAACGAGGAUUACUUAUUGUUCACGUGACCUUAUCUGGCAUCGUUUUGGUUGGAGGAAUACUCGAGUUUGCUCUCAUACCGCCAUUGUUUGACGUCGGAGGAGACAGAAUACGCAUCAAAGAUGACAUUUUUAAGAAUGAUCCCAGAGCGUCGAGAGAUAGCAUCAGACGGCUUAUGGAUAUUCCAGUGGUUGUAAACAAUCUGAUUUACUUUGGAUUGUGCAUGUAUUUCCAUUUCACUGGACUCUCAUACAUUCUCACUUUGUGCGUCUACACGUUCAGCUUUUCUUUCAUUUUGGUGAACUAUAUGGCUAAAGACUUUUUUCUCUGGAAUUAUCUCAGCUCUCGUGUGGGUGGAAUUAUUCUCAUGAUAUCGACAUUGACGAUGUCGUUUGUUGCCAACGCUGUCUCUCUUGCAUGGAAACGAAAGAAAUUAUACUUUGAGUUUAAAAUCAGGAGCAAGGAUGUUCACAGGCUAACGCUUCUGAGGGAUGCAGAUGAACUUGGAGAUGUCAAUAUUGAGGAUCAGUUUUUGAGCUCGUCGGACUUUGAACAUUCUCAAGUUGUGAUUCGUAAGAAUGCCUGGGUGUCCGUCAUCUGGAAUGUUAUUGCUCUCUCCAUCAUCACUGGCCUCUGUCUUAUCCUCUGGUUUUCUCGUAUGUACAUGUCAUAUGGCUGCUUUUCAAAUCGGAGUGAAGUACUUUUGCUUUGUCAAAUGACUAGUGAGGUUGAAUGUUAUCCGUGUUCCAAUUGUACUAGUGAAGGUAUUGACGUUUGCCGAAAACAGUCGAUAGAAAUGUUUCACUGUCUUUCUCCUAUGGAACAAGUCAACAAAUCAGUGGGAGCAAUAUGCCUUUUCAACUACAAUAUUGGUUUCUUUACUUUCCUUCUCGUCUUCGCCAACAUCGGCGGCGUAUUCUUCCUGUUCGUGAGAGCCACACAAGCUCUAACCAACAUGUUCAUCCGUAACGUCUACCGAUUAUACGUCCGGUAUCUACGUCUCUAUCACAAUUGGAAAUACAGAGAAAGACAAGGCAACAACAACACACAACACAUCAACAUCGUUGAAUCUCGAGACUCAUAAUCAUCAUUGGGCCGGUAAGACGACGUUCUCAGCCAAUUUUCAAAGUCUGUGUUUAUCGAAUCAGGUCACUCAUAGUUAUGUAUUGAAUCAUUAUUAUUUGUGGUCUUUCGUUACUGUUUUUAUUGCCUGGCGUGAUUGUCUCAGUAUUUUGUAUUGGAUUUGUAGCACAAGUAGGCAUUGUACACAUAUCGCUUGACAAAUUGAAAUCUAAUUUGUAACUGUUGGUUAUGACAUCAUUGAUAUGACGUCAUAUGACACAUGACGU